UCACAUAUAAACUGUUACACGCCGAGGAGACUACUUGACCACAGGGUUUUUUUUAACGAAAGAACUUUUUAAAAAAUAGUAACAGUUUACCAUACGAACCAUCACAGGUCAACGGUGAACAGCCCUCUACCAUUUGGAUUUAAUUUAAAGAAGAGAUUCUGGAGAAACAUUGAAGGUGUUUCUUUUCAGACAGACUGAGAGCUGUGGUCUUCCUGUCCUUCUAGACGACCAUCUGUUUUACCCCACCUGUUCCUCUCUUGUCUGUGGGGCACCCAGUGCUUCCCCAGCUGCUCAGAGAGUGUGGGCACAGCGCCAUGGUAACACACAGCAAGUUUGAUACCGCAAUGAGCAGCAGCCCCUUGGACUCCAACAUGCGGCUGCCUUAUCAUUACAAGACUUUCACCUCCAGGACACAGUACCAGAUGGUCCUCACAACACUUCACAAGCUCCAGGAAAGUGGUUUCUAUUGGAGCACCAUUACAGGCAAGGAGGCCAACAUCAUGCUGGCGUCUGAGACCACAGGCACCUUCCUUAUUCGGGACAGUUCAGAUAACCGACAUCUGUUUACUCUCACAGUCAAGACAGCAUCGGGCACCAAGAACCUGCGGAUUCAGUGCGACACAACCUCUUUUUACUUGCAAACAGACCCUAAGAAUGUUCACUCUGUCCCACACUUUGACUGUGUCCUCAAGCUGGUUCAUUACUACAUGCCUCAGAGCAAAGGGAAUGCUCAUUUUGGGAAUGUCUUCUACAUUUACUCUGGAGGGGAGAAGAUUCCCCUGGAGCUCAUCAAACCUCUCUCAUGUAGCCUGUCCACCUUACAGCACCUGUGCAGGAAAACUGUCAAUGGACAUUUGGACAUUUCCUCUAAAAGAGAUCAACUUCCUUAUCCUCUUAAGGAGUUCCUACAGGAGUAUGAUGCUCCUAUCUAAAGAUGUCCGACUGAUGCUCCUCUCUGGGGCAAAGACUUAAAAGUGUAGCUAAGAAACUGGAAUGAAGAUGUGUGCUGCCUCAUCCAAGUAGUAUAGACUCAACAUUCGAUAGGAUCAAGCCCAUUAUGGAGCUUGUGAAAAGAAGCAGAUUUGUGCUUAUAGCCUGUGUAGUUCUCACAAGAAAAAUGGGCAUCAGUCUCUUAAUCUGUUGAGAAGAGACAGUGGAUUGGGGGUUAAUCAACACAGAAACAUGGUAGAAACAAAGCACUGAUGUAAUCUGGCGGUACGAAUGACAGAUAACCCUGCUGUCCUCAUGUGUCUCAUUGAUGAUUUAAAAGUUACUAAAAGCUGAAGUGAGACUGAUAGUCACCAGAGUGCUGUGAGGCUGUCAAGCUUGCACACAUCAGCUUUUGAAAAUUAUCCAUUAAUUAGAGAUGGACUGGCUUUCAUGAUCAGCCAGACUUUUUUGUUGGAUAAUAAUCAUGGAAGUAUUAGACAUCUAGCAUCCAGGGAUCUCUGGCCAAGUGUUCGCUGGUCCAUAGAAAUUUAGAGCACAAAUAAGUGCACAAUGAUAGCCAUCUGGGUGUAAAUGUGUAGCAGCCAAGUUGGGGAAGGGCUGAACUUUUAAUAUGAAUUUUGUAAGUUCUUUUAAGACUGCAAAAUGCAGAAAUGAAAUGUUUCUGACAUGUUUAGAGGAAAGAUACUCUGCAACAGUUUGUCUGAAUCCUACAGUAUCUUGAGGUAGUAAUACAAGAGAGGCAAAUAUAUAUAUACCAAAAGUUAAGGGUUUAUUUGUGGCACAAACAAGAUCACAACUGCUCACAAAAGAAUGUAUUAACUUUGGUAUCUGUAUUUUCCUAAUAAGGAGAAUCAUCAAAAUGGAUACUAUUUUCCUCAUACAACAUCAUGUUUACAUGAGCUACAAUGAUAAAUCUGUGCUGUCUUUUAUAAAGAUGAAUUUUUACAGGCCAAACCACUGACUGUGGAUGCUUGAAUAUAACUGAAAGUCUGCUGAAGCAGACUGAUGAAAAACAACUUUGCACUUAUUUAUAUUUGUAUUGACAGUUUGAAUGAACAGUUCAUUAAUUUAAUAAAGACUACUAUUUUUUAUAUGAAA